UUACACUUUAUUUAGUUGAAAUGUAUGAAUAUUUUCAUCUCCUUCUAUUUUAUCACGGGACGUCCAUGAAGGUACAGAGAAGAUUUUAUUGAGGGACGGAUUCGGUUUUUAAAAUGUUUUUUGCACAACUUUCGGCGCUUCUAUGGAAAAAUUAUAUCACUAAAAUUCGGACAUGGAGUAGUAUUGCUGCACAAAUAUUUAUUCCAAUCUGCAUCUGCUGUAUUGUGGCUUUCUUGCAAAUCACCAAUGACAUCAAGAUUGAGCCCCUGGCAUUGUCCAACGCCACAAAGGUCAGUAGUGGUCCAGCUAAGCAGUUGGUCUACACGCCCAGAUCACCUGCUCUCGAAGAGUUUCUCAAGAUGGCCAGUCCCAAAAGAUUUUCCGGUACUACUCCGUUCUCAUCGACGAAAGCGGCGAGAAAGUAUAUCUCGAGCCUCAGCCCAAACAAAGUAUACCCUAUGGUACAUUUCAUGCACGAUAACUCGCAUGAGGUCCCCAAGCAGCUGGUUUUCGUAGUUGCAGUAGAUGUGACGAGCAAAAUACCCAGACACAUCUACGGCGAUAGCAUUGAUUACAAGCAAUAUGAAGUCCUGGAGCUCCAGUACGAGAUCACCCGGGCGUUCAUCAAGUACUGGCAGCGUGAGAGCAACAGGACGACGACGGACUUCCAUGUUCUGGUGCAACAGAUGCCCUUGCCGGAGGCGGACAAAGCGAAGACCAUCAUGGACUCGGCGGAUGUCUGGAGAUUUGUCUCCAUCGUCUUCCUGGGGCUCCUGUGUUUGACGGCUUCCGACAUUGUGGAAGAAAAAACUACCAAAAUUAAAGAAUCCAUGAAGCUGAUGGGCCUGGGUGAGACUGUCUACUGGCUGUCUUGGUUCAUCAUUAGCUUCAUCUACGGCACCUUCAUCGCCCUCAUGCUAGUGCUCGUGAUGUGUGUGGACUUCUCGUCCCAAGGAACGGUCCUCAAUACCUCGCCACUCGUCUUCUUCCUGAUGGAAAUUAUGCUUUCGGUCAAUACCGUGUCGGCUUCAUUCGUUAUUGCGUGUAUAACAACUAAAGUGCGUGAGGUGUUGUUUCUGGGCGUGCUGCUCCACUUCGCCAUGGAAGACAUCAGCUACACCCUCAUCAUCUACAACGAGUCGAAGCUCGUGCUCUACCUCAUGGGGACCGUGCUCCACCGGCUCGGCUACUUCAUGUCCAUGUCGGUCUUGAUCGAGAAGGAGAACUUAGGCCAAGCUCUGACGUUCGACAACAUAGGAAAAGACGAGCUUGAGCUGAAGAUCACAUUCCUUGACGGUCUGCUGGUAAUGACGUUGAACACCAUCUUCAACUUCUACCUCGUCUGGUACUUGAACAACAUUUUCCCGGGGAAGUACGGCAUCCGCAAGCCCUAUUAUUUCUUCGUCAUGAAGCACCUGUCUCAUGGCUCAUAG